AUGGAUUGCCUGGAAUCUGAUAGAGAAGCUCUAGAUGAUUUCAGAAAAGGUCUUACGGAUUCAGAGAACCAUCUUUCGUCUUGGCAUGGAAGGUUUGCUGGCACAAUUCCUCCAAAUUUAGGCAACAUGUCUGCUUUGCGGUAUCUUAAUAUUUCUUCUGCCAAUUUAAAGUUAGCCGUUGACAAUGUUGAAUGGGUGAGUGGCCUUACCUGCCUGAAAUAUUUGGCAUUAGAUUUUGUUGACCUGUCAAUGGCUGGCUCAGACUGGAUUGCUGCACUAAAUGUGCUUCCACAUUUAACUGAGUUGCACUUGUCCUUUUGUAACUUAUAUGAUUCUAUUUCAGAUCUGAAAUCGGUUAAUUUCAGUUCACUUGCUGUAAUAGACCUAAGCUUUAACCACAUCAGCUCCAAGUUUCCAAAUUGGGUUGUGAAUAUCAGUAGCAUUGCAUAUGUUGACCUCGGCGGUAACAAAUUGCAUGGACGCAUUCCGCUUGGUUUAAGUGAGUUACCCAAUUUGCAGUUCUUGGAUCUCAGUUCCAAUUAUCUCUAUGCAAGUAGCUUUCAACUAUUCAGGGGAAGCUGGAAGAAUUUGGAAGCUUUAUAUCUAAGCAGUAAUCAUGUGCAUGGUAAGCUACCUGCCUCCAUUGGAAACAUGACAUCUCUCUCUGACCUAUCAUUGUCAGAUUGUAAGAUUGACGGCACAUUCCCAAGCUCAAUCGGUAAAUUAUGCAGUCUUGAAUACUUGGAUUUCUUCCAAAGCAACCUAACUGGAAGUUUACCUGAAGUCCUUGUAGGCGCAGAUAACUGCUUUUCCAAAAGUCCUUUUCCACUUCUGCAGUUCUUGAUGCUUGGGGACAAUCAAUUGGUUGGCAAAUUGCCAAAUUGGUUGGGUGAGCUUCAAAAUCUUGUCAUACUCAGUUUGCAUUCUAACUUGUUUCAUGGUUCAAUCCCUGCUUCUUUUGGGUCAUUAAAACAACUAACCGAAAUCUACCUCAAUCAGAAUCAGCUAAAUGGAACCCUCCCAGAUGGGUUGGGACAGCUCUCUAAAUUGUCAUACCUAGAUGUCUCCUCCAAUUAUUUGACUGGAACUAUCCCUACUAGUUGGGGAAUGUUGUCCAAUUUGUCGUCUCUAGAUGUCUCUUUCAACCCUAUAAUUGAGUGCCUCCAUUUCAACUCGAUGCAGUUGAUUUGUCUUCAUGCUAUGUGGGUCCUUCGAUUCCAACCUGGCUUCAAUAUCAAAGAUAUAUCUCUGUUACAGGGAAAAAUACCAAAUUCAUUUAAAGUAGGAGAUCUCGGACGUAUUGAUUUGAGCUUCAACAACUUUGAAGGACCCAUUCCUAUUCCAAGCGGUGCAGUUCAAAUACUAAAUCUUUCCAAUAACAAAUUUUCCAGUACUAUCACAGAGAAGAUCUUCUUUCCUGGCAUUUUAUUUAUUUCUCUUGCGGGCAACCAACUUACUGGUCCAAUCCCAGACUCUAUUGGAGAAAUGCAGUUUAUUGUUGAUUCUGUAGGUAAGCUGACUUGCCUUCAAACACUACACUUGAGGAACAACAAUAUUUCUGGGGAGUUACCAUUAAGCUUUCAAAAAUUGUCGAGUUUGGAAACUCUAGAUGUUGGAGAGAACAGAUUGACUGGCGAAAUUCCAGAGUGGAUUGGAAAUGACCUCUCACAUCUUAGAAUACUUGUUUUGAGGUCUAAUGCAUUUUCAGGAGGACUCCCAUCUACCAUUACAAAUUUGAGUUAUUUGCUUGCAGAAAAUCAUCUGACUGGAGCCAUUCCUGCAAGCUUGGAUAAUAUUAAAGCCAUGACUGAAGUGAAAAACAGCAAUCAGUAUUUGCAUUAUGUGAUGAGAGAAAAUGUCUAUUACGAAGAAAACAUACUUGUGAAUACAAAGGGGGAAACUCUAAGAUUUACAAAAACUAUUUCCCUCCUAACUUGCAUUGACCUUUCUGGGAAUCGUUUACAUGGCGUAAUUCCCGAAAUAAUAACAAACUUGGCCGGAUUAGUGGUUUUAAACUUGUCAAGCAACUACCUUACCGGCCAGAUACCUUCGAGAAUUUCGGAAUUACGUCAGCUGUCAUCCUUUGAUUUCUCAAGCAAUAUGUUUUCAGGUCCAAUUCCUCCAAGCAUGUCUUCACUGUCAUUUCUGGGGUACUUAAACUUAUCAGACAACAAUUUAUCAGGUAGAAUCCCUUUUUCGGGGCAGCUGUCAACUUUUCAGGCAUCAUCUUUCGCUUGUAAUCCUGGUCUUUGUGGAGUUCCUCUUGUUGUUCCUUGUCCAGGUGAUUAUCCAACUACCUCAUCAAGUAAUGAGGAUGAUGUUAACCAUGGCUACAACUACAGUGUCGACUACUGGUUUUACUCGAUCAUUGGGUUGGGAUUUGGGGUCGGUAUAUCAGUUCCUUACUUUGUUUUUGUUAUCCAAAGAUCGUGGGGUGCUGUCUAUUUUUCCAUAGAGGACAAUACAGUUGACAAACUAUUAGAUGUAAUCAACAUAGCUGUGUUGCAUUUCAGGAAUUAUAGUCGCUCAAGGAGUGAACAUGGGGCGAUACAUGUUAUUGUUCAUGAGGCGAUACAUGUUAUUGUUUAG